GCGGCCCUCGUAGCUGACAGGCUACUAAACCUGCUGUCUCGUCGUCGCUCAUUCCAUAAGACCUCGCACUCGUCAUUCAUUUCCGACACCAUGGAUUCUCUUGUCAAUGUUUCCCUUGUGGCGCCUCAGGCUUCCGCGAUCAUUGGUCUUAUAUUACCUGCUCUCUUUCUCAACGUGAUAUGGACUGCCACUGUUGGCAGUAGAGCUAGCCUCUACCUCACUGACUCCCCUCAACACGCUACCUUGCGAGCAAGCCGUUUGUUGAGGUGGACCCAUACGUUUCUUCUCUUUCUGGGCUUUGCAGUAGCCUGUUCCUGCGAGUCCGUAUUUCUCAUAAAGAUAUGGGACGAAGCCGUAGCAGCUGUGUCCAGCUCCGCCAGACAGUACUUCGUUCCCUGCUUGUUUCUUGAGACGCUCAUUAUCAUACUACUGCAACUAAGCGCCAUGCAACGGGCUUCUCAAUUGGCAGGCGGGAGACUCCAUUAUAUAUCGUUCAUGCAGACUACAUUGCACCAGGUCCCUCUACUAGCUUCUGGCAUCAUCUUCGUUGCGGCGAUCUGCUCGACAUCUAACACGGCAAGGAUUCCCUUGCUGUAUACAACACUGGGUGUAUGGUUCUGGCACGUAACGAUGGUGUGCACGUCGCUUGUCAUCUCACUCAAGGGUUUGCGGCAUCUACCUGCCCUCAGUGAAGACGAAAGAACGGGCCAUUGGCUCUGUACAGGCAUCACCGUACUCAACUCUAUCGGAUAUUCACUGAUGACAUUGAAUGCGUGUUGGUACAUCUACUCGCCUUCGCUUCUUCGACUCAUUGUACACAUUGCACUCUCGAAGCUGCACAUCAGUCUCACGACGAUGUUGCUGUACAUGAGUGAAGACUCUGAAGAAGACAACCUGUUGCAGAUAGACUGGGAGAGCUUACGCGGAGAGGAGAAGAGGCUCAUGACAUCACUGGUGGAUGCAGGCUUUCUUUCAGUCACGGUUGGGUGAGAGCAAACUCUGCAGCAGCCACAUCUCUCUUUAUCGAAGGACUUGGAUAAUCUCCGCGUAUAACAAUUCAUAAGGCUACCGGUAGCAGUACAUUCACUCAAGUUCUACGUUCUUGGGAG